UGGAAAAAGUUUGAAAAAAAUGGCAAAAAAUUGCUUCAUAACGUGGGUGGAAGCAAUCGUCGGAUUUUGCCCAGAUCACCCGGGCCACUUGAAAAAUGAAAAAAGAUGAGAAAUUGCGCAAAAGCGCAAUCCCUCCGCAGGCUUCAAAACUGCCACCCAGGUGGGGGCGGUGAAAGUGUGCAGGUCGCCCGGGCCACUUAGAAAAUGGAAAAAGAGAAAAAAAUGCGCAAAAGCGCAAUCGCUCCGCAGGCUUCAAAACUGCCACCCAGGUGGGGGCGGUGAAAAUGUCCAGGUCGCCCCAGCCACUUGAAAAAUGGAAAAAGAGAAAAAAAUGCGCAAAAGCGCAAUCCCUCCGCAGGCUUUAAAACUGCCAGUCAGCUGCGGUCGGUGAAAAUGCCCGGAGCCCUUCGGCCGACUAAAAACCUGAAAAAAGAGCGAAAAUUAAAAAACAUCGAGAACCCUCGGCAGGCUUACAAACUGGUCGCCAAGGGCGGUCCGGCGGGCGCGCGCUUGCGCCAUACCAUGGCGAUUGGGGAAAAAAAAUCGCAUUAGAAGCGGGCGGGGGUAUGUUACAAAAUCCCCAUUUGCCCUGGGUUGUGGGCAGAAAUUCGGCAUCUUCCCCGGGUCUGAAAUGGACCGAAUGUUUGACGUCGUGAACGAAUGCCAUACUAUCGCGGCCGGCGGGGGAAUAUUCAAUGCCGGUAACCACCGGAACUAUCCAGGUGAAAAUGUAAAUGAAGAUGAAUUUGCCAACAUGCAUACAGCACAUCAACUCGCGACGACCACAGUGAAUAUCGGCGAAGCCUCCGACAGCAUCGUGGCCAUCCAGGACCAUAAAGACUUUAUCGCCAAGCAUGUGUUUCUAUCCAAAGGGCAAAUUAUGUCAUGUCGGAGUCUCUGGAAGUUAGUACUAGAGUGCAUUUGUUCUAUCUUAUUGUCGCGCAGGAGCUUUACAGUAAAUGCUUCUUGUCGGACUUUACUGCACCGAUAGUUGUACUCUGGAGAAUGCAACAAGGAAACCCAUUUUUGUGGCUUGUUGUUUUGGCGGCCAUGCAACGGAUUUUUGUGUAAAAAUAUUAGUCGAGAAGCAGCAAUUCACAGUGUCCUUCCAGACCCAGAGACGCCGUACUACAUUCUAUUUGCAACGCAUACUUUCGACGGACGUUCGACUUGCUACAGGAAGAGAUCCACUUGUACGACCGCAGCAGCUGCUUGGACGGGAGGAUGACCACUGCGGCGACCACUGCUUCCUCGUCUAGCUCGGGCGGGAACAACGGUGGGAAACACUCUGAUAGUGAUGAUUUUGGUGUUGAUGUUUCCACCAGUACUGCUACCGGAUAUGAACUGCAAAAGUAUCGUACUAGUAGAAAUCGCAAUACAAACUGGCUCAGCAUUACAAAUUAAAUUUGUAAUGCGGAUUUGCCUUAGGAACGAGAUUUGUAAUGCAUGAAUGCGAUUAGUACGAGUACGUUACUUUUGCACAGGAUACCGGAAUCCUCGCGACGAUGUACCGAUAUUACGUGGAAGACCACACAUAUCGCAAGAAAAACCUGUUCACUGUGAACUUGUGAUGCAUAGAAUGGAGCACACAACUAUUUGUCUUGCUACACAUACAAGACAUUGGGUUUUUCAAUGUGUUUUCCCUUAGAAACCGCGCAUGGCAAGUUUUCUUGGUCAUGUGUAUACGAACUUGUAAUGCAAAACUUGCAAAAUCCUUACAGUGAAACACUUUUUUUACGAUAACACAGCUUCUGGAACGACGUGACGGUCGUGAUCUCCAAAACGUUUGAAAAGCCAAGCGCUUUUAUAUGCGAAGUAAAUGCUCAACAUUGAAGCACUUAUGCAAUUGCACUUGAAGAAAAGCUAAUUUCCUGUACACGGCGUGACAUCCAU